UUCAAGUGUCACCAAUCCACAUAAUCCACAAUCAAGUAUCACUAGUUCGCACUUUAAUAUGAACACUAAUCCACAUUUGAGCAUGGGUGGUCCACAUUCAAACGUCAAUAAUUCUUCACAUUUGACUAUGGACAGCCCACGCUCAAAUGUUGAUAGUUCAUUUGCUACGAACAUCACUAGUCCACAUUCACACUUGAAUAGUUCUUACCUGAAUGUUAAUAAUCCACAUACGAACAAUAAUAGUUCACAUCUGAAUGAGAUUACUGCCAGCCUGGUGUUACCUAAUUAUAGCCAUGAAGUUUCAAAUAUCAAAAUUGAAGAAUCAAAUCCAUUAAGCCCGCAAAGUAUGGACAUACCAAUCAUCAAACCAGAAGAAAGUAAUAUAAGAGAUCAGCUACAAACUGCAUCAUCACCAAUUUCUUAUCAUCCUUAUCGUACAGUUGGAAGGGAAAGAUUUCCGCAAAAUCCAUCGUACAAUAAUAAUCAAUUCAUAAAAAAGAAUACUGGAUUUUGCAAAAAAUUUACAAGUUUAUUAUAUGAGAUGUCCCAAUCAAAACGUUGGACACCACCGGAGUUUAAUUUUGAAAAUGGAAUUAAUGGAUUUAUCUGUGUAUGUAGUGUACAGGAUUAUAUGUUUAGAGGUAAAGCAUGUUCAAGAAAGGCGGAUGCCAAAGAAUCUGCUGCUGAAGAAGCUUAUCGAUUUCUGGCCAGAAAUAACAGGGGUUAAAUUUUUUUUUUUUUUUUUUUU